CAUGAAUAUUAAUGUAUAGCGACCCUGGAAUGAUGAUGGCUUGAUCGUGUUGUGUGCGAUGAGUGAGUGCAGAUGAGGUAUAAAGCGUCCUAAAACAAAAUGUCAGUUCAGAACGCAAAAAAGAAAACAAAAACAGAGGAGAGUUCUGUAACGAAUUUUAGGAACUACCUUCGUAUUAAAACUGUUGAGCCAAACCCAGAUUAUGAUGGUGCAAUCAGAUUCUUGCAGCAGAUGGCAGGAGAAAUUAAAUUGCCAUGCAAAGUGGUUGAGGUUCAUCCUGGGAAAGAAGUUGUUAUUAUCACAUGGGAAGGAACAGAUCCUAAACUGAAAAGCAUUGUUUUAAAUUCACAUACUGACGUUGUCCCAGUGUAUCCAGAAAGUUGGAUUUGUGAUGCUUUUGAGGGUAAGAAGAUGGAAAAUGGAAACAUAUAUGGACGUGGUACACAGGAUAUGAAGUCUGUAACAAUUCAGUAUCUAGAAGCCAUCCGGAAUCUCAAGAAUACUGGAAAAAGAUUUCCUAGAACCAUUCAUAUGACCUUUGUCCCUGGGCUAGCAAAUCCUACUGAUGCUUUUACGGUUUUCUAUGGAGAACGAAGUCCAUGGUGGUUUAAGGUCAUUUGCACUGGAAAUACAGGUCAUGGUUCAAGGUUCAUUGAAAACACAGCUGCAGAGAAACUGCAAAAAAUCAUGAACUCAUUUCUAGGAUUUCGAGAAGAAGAAAAGGCAAGACUGGAGUCAGUUACCAAACCAAAAUCCUGUAAGACACUGGCCGAUGUUACCACAGUUAACCUGACCAUGUUGGAGGGCGGAGUCGCUCAAAGUGUUGUACCACAGGAUUUCACAGCAACCUUUGACAUCCGUAUCCCACCCACUGUCAAUCUACAGGAAUUUGAAGACAAGAUCAACAAUUGGGUAAAAGAAGCCGGGGAGGGCGUACGCAUUGAGUAUCAAAAUAAAAAUAUGUGUCAAGAAGUGACAUCUGUAGAUAAGGAAAGCCCAUGGUGGUGUGCCUUCAGCAAUGCGUGUGAUGAAAUGAAAAUGAAGAUUGAAACAGAGAUUUUCCCUGCUGCUACUGACAGUCGUUACUUACGUGCCGCUGGGUAUCCUUGUCUUGGCUUCUCCCCGAUGAACAACACCCCAAUCCUUCUUCAUGAUCAUAAUGAAUUUGUAAAUGAAGAGGUUUUCUUGAAAGGAAUCGACAUUUACGAGAAUUUGAUAUCCAAACUGGCAAAUGUGGCACCAUUGAAGGAUGAGAGAAACUGAAGCCUACUUAUUUGCAAAUAUAUAAAAUCUGAAAUAUAUAAAGAUAAAGGUAUCAAUCAUAGCUCUUCAAAAUUUCCUUAUCACUUGCAUGAAAAACUGACUCGCGUAAAUAUAGAACCUAUGGUUUAAAUUUUGUUUAGGUAGGAGCUUAUACCAUGGUGAGAGUGAUUUUUGACUGGACUAUUACAUUUCUUUUCAAUUAUUUGAAUCAUUUAAAAUAGCCAGUACUAUGCACUACAAAAUGUGUUACAUUACUGACCUGAUUGUUACACAGAUUUUUGUAUUUUUCUAAUUGCAUGGUGGGUACACCCAUGGAGGAAUGAAAUGCCUUCAUGGUAUACCGUAUACCGGAAUUUGUAAACUAAUUUCUCUAUGACCAUUCUAACUUAAGUUUGUUUAUCUCCAGUCAUACGCGGCACCCCAUCAAAUGAGGUACCACGUACGGCUGAAGGUGACCAAAUUGUCAUAAUUGGAAAGAGAUUGGCGCCUCGUACACCUGGAGAGAGCUGCUUAAAAGAUGUGACAAUACAAUUCAUUUUAUCUAUGCGAGAGUUCUAUAUUGUGUUUCUACUACAGUAAGUGAAGAGGCGUUCUAGCUGCUACCAUCUUCAAUUUCUUCUUGUUCGUAUACUAAACCGCAGAAUUGAGUAAAAUUCGAAAGUGACAAUGAAUUUCUACAUUACUGUAUUAACAUAAUGUGUGUUAAAAUAAAGAAGACGACAUAGUUAAAUGUAUACAGAACUAUAUUUUUUAAUACGUUUAAAUUUAUUAGUCAUGAAUCCGUGAUUUGAAUAAUAAAAUGCAAUCUGUUGUAUAUCAUCAUUA